GCUGUCCAGCACGCGCCUCCUUUGCUGAGAAAACUGGGCACAGGCAGCCACUAGCCAGAGAAGGGGCCACAAAACUCCUAUUUCCACCUCCGUCCAUGGCUCCCGGCUCCAGCCUCCUGGUCUGUUCUACUAUGUGCAAGCAGAGAGCCCGGGCAGCGCCCAAGGGCAAGGCCCAGGGCUGCGCGGUGCCGGGCAUCGUGCUCUUGCUACUCACCUACUUGGCCUACCUGGCACUGGGCACUGGCGUGUUCUGGAUGCUGGAGAGCCCCGCGGCGAAGGAUUCCAGCGCGAAAUUCCAGCGCGACAAGUGGGCGCUGCUGCGGAACUUCACGUGUCUCGACAGCUCGGCGCUGGACUCGCUGAUCCGGGGCAUCGUCCAUGCGUACCAAAGUGGGGACAUCGUCCUCGGCAACACCACCAGCAUGGGACGCUGGGAGAUCAUGGGCUCUUUCUUCUUUUCCGUGUCCACCAUCACCACCAUUGGCUACGGCAACCUGAGCCCCCACACAAUGGCCGCCCGCCUCUUCUGCAUCUUCUUUGCUCUGGUGGGAAUCCCACUCAACCUGGUGGUGCUCAAUCACCUGGGGCACCUCAUGGUACAGGGAGUGCACCGCUGUGCCCGCAGGCUGGGCGGCACCUGGCAGGACACAGCCAAGGCCCGCUGGCUGGCAGGCUCCUGCGCCCUCCUCUCCGGCCUCCUGAUCUUCCUGCUGCUGCCCCCGCUGCUCUUCUCCUACAUGGAGGGCUGGAGCUACGUGGAGGGCUUCUACUUCGCCUUCAUCACCCUCAGCACCGUGGGCUUCGGGGACUACGUGAUUGGCAUGGACCCCUCCCGGAGGUACCCACUGUGGUACAAGAACACAGUGUCUCUGUGGAUCCUCUUCGGGAUGGCAUGGCUGGCCUUGAUCAUCAAACUGAUCCUCUCCCUGAUGGAGACCCCAGGAAGAUCGUGUUCCUGCUGCCACCACAGCUGCAAGGGGGACUCCAAGCCCCAAGGCUGGAGGCAGGGCCCAGAUGAAGAGGCAGAGCCCCACUGCCCACAACCCGGCUGCUAUCGGGAGAGGCCUGUGGAAACCGCACAGCAUCCGGAACCCUCCACUCAGGUCUCGUGCUGCGGAAAGCACAGCUAGUUCUACUCUAGUAUUUGUUCCACCUUCUUCUUCAGUAACAAGACUCCUUAUUUUAAUCUUGCACAUGACCACCCAGACUAAAGACUACGUUUUUUUUUUUUGUCUUCUCUUGAGGUUAAGGGCAGCUACAUGAUUAGAUUCUGCCCAAUAGGAUACAUAAAGAAGUAUCCUGUGUGACACAUGAAUGUGUUUUUCAGUUCAGGGCAGUGUGUGCUUUUCUUCCCCACUCCCUUUUUUUUUCAGCUGACUACAAUGCUGUUAUGGUGGCUGGAGCUCCAGCAGCCAUAUUGCACCAUGAGGUGGGGUCAUAUUUGUUAUGGGUGGCACAAUAAAAUAGGAAGAGCCUGGAUUUCUAAUGGUUACAGAGAUACCAUAACAAACCUGGACUAAAUACUGCCAGACUUCACUAAUGUGAGAGAGAAAUAA